AUGUCAGAGUCAAGCGGAAACUCACCACAGCCGAUACUGGACCACAUUGUCAUCCUCGUCUCGGCCAGCGACCUGCUCCAGCUGCCCGACCGCCUCAAGGACUUCUUCGUCGUCAGCCCAGGCGGAACUCAUGCCGGGGGCGAGACGUUCAACAAGCUGAUUCUCUUCGAGGACGGCGUCUACAUCGAGCUCAUCGCCUUCACCGAGGGCAUCAGCCCCGAGCAGCGAGCAAAGCACAGAUGGGGACGCCAGCGGGAGAACACGAUUGUCGACUGGGCCUACACUCUGCCUCACGAGAGCGACUUUGCCGCCGUCCAGCAGCGAGUCAAAGACGCAGACGCGGGCUUCACAUAUAGGGACCCUGUUGCCGGCGGUCGUACAAGGUUGGAUGGAGUUGUCCUCAAGUGGGCGAUUGGUGCUCCCGAGGAUGCCAAUGGACAUGAGCCGGAGCCUGGUUUCUUGCCCUUCUGGUGUCUGGACAGAACGCCGCGAAGCCACCGAGUGCCGUACGAAGAGGACAAGGCAAGGACGCAGCAUCCGAGUGGUGCUCGCGGGCUGUCUCGGCUGCGGCUCAAUGUGCCCGAGGAGCAGCUGUCUGCCCUGAAGAGCGUGUACGAUGCUAUUCACAACGUGGGCGACGCUGCGAGGGGAGGGGACGAGUGGCCGUUUAGUGUCCCGAGCCCUUCGGCACAGGCACGCCAUACGCUGGGAAUCGCUUCGGAGAUUGGGCCCAAGAUCAAGCUGGCUUUCCAGGGGAGCGUUGGGAGUCCUUCGUUCUUGGAGCUGCUGCCGGGGAUUGUGGUCAAGUUUGAAGCCUGA